AUGGGUUUUAAUGAUAUUUAGAACUUGAAUGACUCUGGCACUCCAAAUCCUAUUAAUAAUAGGUUAGGCUAGAAGAAUAUGGCAAAAAGUGCAUAUUUAGAAGAAUAGAAAUAAGAAUUAUUUAAUGUGAAUGGCAUAAACUAUAGCAGCGAUAGUAAUCUCUCAAUGUCUUGCUAUAAUUUUGGUAGUUUAUCCCAAAAUGAAACUUCUCAUUAAUUGUCUAGAAGUCAUUCAGCUCCAUUAAAAUCAGGGUUCAAGAAAUUUCUCGAGGAUUCACAAAUAGUCAUAAAUUAACAAGACAAGCAAAAUCUACUUGAUAUGAUCAAGGCAAACCAUUCUAACCCUUCUAAUCUGAAGAUUUCAUCAAGUAAAAUUUUUGACGGGAAACAAUAUGGGAUGAUAAGUACAUUACUAAGUAAAGUUAUUGAUUAAUACUCAACUCAAUAAUCAAUAUUUAUAUUGAAGUCUAACUAUGGCAGAAUUUUUGGACUUGUUUCUAGACUAUUAAUAUAAAAGCAAAAGUUGCAUAAUGAUACUCUGUGCGAUAAUCAAUCUUUUAUUUUUAGUAUAACUCAUAACACUCAGCAUAAGCUUUUGAAGUAAAAUACUUUCGGAGUAAAGAUAAAAAGCGAGCCUUAUUAUAAAAUGUCUCAUUCUGAUAUUUGUAUUGGUUAUAAUUUUAGUGAGCGAGGUAGCUGCAAAUCUUACCUUGGGACAUAUUAUCAGUUACCUAAAGGAAUGGAAUAUGAUUUGAAGGGAGGUGAAAUUUAUCUUGCAGGAGCAAGUUAAUUUGCCAUUGAAUCAAUCGAAGUAUUCAUUCUAGAUGAGAAUAUCGAUUGA